CAUUACUCUCUAUAUAUAACCCAUUCUCUCCCAUCUCCAUCACCUACCUUAAAUGUUUCAAGUACCAUGGCUACUGAGCUUGGCCUUCUCUCAUUGAACCACCUUCAAAAGUUAGCUCAAUCUCAACAACACCAGACCCAUCAUCAUCAUCAUCAUCAUCAUCAAGUUAACCCUAAUUCAACGGCUGGCUCGUGGAUGUGGAACCCCAUCAAGGCUCAAGAAGUACCCCAUGAACCAGAUGAUUAUGAGUCAUGGGAAGUUAAGGCCUUUGCUGAAGACACAAGCAAUGCUAUGGGCACAACUUGGCCACCAAGGUCAUAUACUUGCACUUUUUGCCGACGAGAAUUCCGGUCAGCUCAAGCACUCGGCGGUCACAUGAACGUUCACCGCCGUGACAGAGCUCGUCUUCACCAAACACAACCACUACCCCACGGUGGUGAUGCUACUACUGUUCCAUUAAUCAACCAUACUCUCCUCUACCAAUUCCCUAGCCCUAAUGGUCUUUUCUUCACUUCUUCACCUACCAACAAUGCAUGUUCCAUUGAUUCACCUUACCAUCCUUCGGUGCCGCCGAAAAAUUUUCCGGCAACCCCUCCGGGGUUGAAUAGUUCUUCUUCUCUUUGUUCCUCAUCUCAAGAUCUCAAGGAAACAUCAAUGGAAGAUCUUGAUCUAGAACUUCGAUUAGGGCAUAGACCAAAAACAACAAUAAAAGAACAAAAUCAAAGAGCUUGAAUUUGCAAUUUUUUUACAUUUAUAUAUAUUUUCCAUGUUUGAGAUAUAGUUUUGAUUAACUUGGUGUGAGAUUUUUUGUCAUUUUUUUCUUCAAAUUUUUUUGUUUUCUUG